AUGCCACCCACAACCACCGACGCCAAACUCGCCUUCCUCAGCCUCCUCCCCUUCCAAUCCACCAAAUCCGCACCCUCGACAUCCGACGUCAUCGAGGAAAUCAAAGCCGCCGAGCCCGGUAGCGAUAACACCACCAAAGCGCGCCGCUCGAGCGAACUGUCCACCGGCUCUGCGGCUUCGACUGCGUCGUCCAUGUGUGUUUUGACGGCUGUUGCAUGA